UCUUGUCUGCCACCGCCAUAAGGGAAAAGAAAACAUUUCUCGACGUUUGGCUGCUUGAAUGGCUGUGAGAGGCAAUUGUUUCAAGUCUCAAUCACCAUUAAGUUAGCUAUUAUGUCAAGUAAAUGGAAUUUUGUAUACCUUAGGCACCCAGCAUCCAUCACACAAGCCAAGCUCUCGGUAGCUUUGAGAGCUUCGGCUCGGUGAUGGGGACCUACCAGUUUUUCAGCUUGUAGAUACCUACGGGAUCAAUUCGACCAGCUGUAGUAUCAUUCAUUCUUCACCUAGAACUGCUCAGCAGUCUGUGUCAGCAUGGCGGCCAACUUUUGGGAGUCGACUCAGCGUCGGAAUUGGCUGUUUACUAAAGAGGAGCUGGCAGCCAGACGACAGCAACUGGAGAAUGAGGACCCGUCCUUGGUGACCAUGUAUCCAUUGCCUGAAUGGAGACAUUUAUACAACUACUUCAACUACCAAAUGCUCCGCCUCGCCAAAAACCUCUCGAUCCGUCAACAAGCCAUCGCUACAGCCCAGGUCUACAUGAAGCGCUUCUACACGCGAGUUGAGAUCCGAAGCACGAACCCAACUCUUGUUCUCGUUACCGCCGUGUACCUCGCCUGCAAGAUGGAGGAGAUGCCGCUUCACAUACGCAACGUCUCGCUCGAGGCAAAGAAGGUCUGGCCAAUGGAGACGCCGUCGCUCGAGAUCGCAAAGAUUGGCGAGUGCGAGUUCUGGCUCAUAUCCGAGAUGAGCGCCCAGCUCAUUGUCCACCAGCCCUACCGCACUCUCACUGCCUUGCAGCAGGACUUCCAGCUCGCUAACGACGACCACGUCCUGGCGGUAUCUUUCCUCAACGAUCACUUCAUGACCGACUUACCACUUCUCUAUGCCCCGCACACCAUUGCGCUCGCUGCCAUCAUGCUGGCUCUUGUGCUUAGGUUGUCCAAGGCCUCAAGCAGCAAUAGUGCCGCCGCCGGGCAGCAGGGAGGCGCACCGGCCGGCUCACUUGGAAUCACUCUGGCACCUGGGCUAUCCAUGUUCCAGCAGGCCGUGGCGGCCAAAGCCAUGACACCUGGCGGUAAUAGUGGUUCCUCCGCAAUGUCCUCUCCCAUCCAGCAGAAUCCACCGAACCAGCCUUACCAGCUCACGCCACAGCAGCAGGAGAUGUUCCGCCAGCAGCAAAUGCAGCAGCAGAACAGGCAAUCGGAAACCCAGGCCAAGGACUCGCCGCAAAAGGAGAAGAGCAAACUCCAGCGCUUUGCCGCCUGGCUCUCGGAGAGCGGUGUCGACAUCGAGGCCAUGAUCGACUGCACACAGGAGCUGAUAGCGUUUUACGAAUGUCAAGAGUCGUAUAACGAACAGAUCACCCGUGACCAGAUCAACCGAUUCGUCAAGGCUCGGGGUCUUUAGGGAGGCCUGAAUUUCCAGGGCUUGCUCAAGUUCUCAUACCUUUACCAUGAUUAUGGUAUGCGACUUGCUCAUGAUGGCCUGCCGCAGUUCCUUUUCCACCUGCUGGCAUCCGGCUCUUGAUGAAGAGGAGCUCUUUCUGGAUAUGUUUGCUCGUGCCUUUUAAGAGUUCAAGCUCUGGGCACAGCUCUAUGCAACAUAGGCUAGCCAGCUGGCCCUUCCUAGGUGACAAGCUCACCAUCCCAGGGCCCUCUGGGCUCUGGGUUGGGUCUUGGCGAUGUAGGUCCAGCUUGCCGCCAUCCAGCGACUUCACCUCGAUGCACAUUUUUGAGUGGCAACGUGCCGAUAUGCUCUGAGACGAGGUAUCCACGAGGAAUACACAUCUCGACAUAAGUGAAGCGGUCUUGGAUGGGAGUCCAGCUUGCACACGCCCGGCAGACAGGGCAGCUGACCUCAAAUGACGACGGAGCCAGCGGUUCAGCACCGUGCCGUUUGCGCUUACCCGAGGAUACCUGCCUACACUUAAUUAUGCGGCAUUUUUUGGGCUCUAGAUUCUGUACUAAUUCUUUAGAGCGUGGUGGCCUGACAGUUCGUAGAAUUGCGGUCACCGAGCGAUGGUUGGGGCUCUGAGAAUGGAUGUGAGUGAGGUCAUCCUGUCUUAUGGAAUAGCUUGUGAUACAGAUCGUAAAGUUUUGAAUAGAGCGUUUCUACCCCAUGAGUAUUGCUUAUGAGGCUUCUGUGACAUUUUCGGUUUGUGUCAACCAUUUGACGUCGCGUAGGAUAGGUCAGCUUGAAUAGACGAGAAU